AUGUCUUCAAUAGAAGGUCUUCAGAUUGCGCAGAUAAUUGCCGACCUUCAAACCCUGCAAAACGCAGAUCCCCACGCCGCUCUCUCCCUCCUCAAACCCUUCAACGCCCCGAAAACUACUGCCUCCAAUAAUUCGCCCACAACUCCUCUCUCGCGUCACAACAGCUCAGCUCCGAAAUUCGACAAGCUAGGACGGAGAAUAGUGACAGUCUCCCGGUCACAAUCACAAUCAUUCGGAAAUGGUGGAGGAGUCAAUACCCCGACAUUUGCCAGAGAGGGGAGUAGUUUUAGUAUGAGCAUGGGAGGCAGUGGUGCAAGUACACCAAUUGGAAACCCUGGUUCUGAAGCAGAGCUCGACGAAGAUCUCACACGCGCAAAGACACUCCUUCAACUCUUCGAGAUGCGCGGGAAGUUCAAGCAGAUGGGCGAUACGGGGUUGAGUCGUGCGAAGCAGAGAGUAGAUAAUGUGGUAGCGCGGUAUGCGAAGGCGGAAUUGGAAGAACGAGAAAAGGUGGCAAAGGCUCGGUACUUGGGUGUUUAG